GAGAACUACGUCACGUGUUUUCAAGCAAGUAGAAGAGGCUGUCUUUUGCGUUCAUUUAAAAAAAUUUAUUCUUAGAUAAAUUAAUCAUGCCAGAUUUUGGAUAUGGAGGCGGUGAUGGUGGAUAUGGUGGUGGGUACAGGGGAGGACGCGGUGGUAGAGGUGGGGGACGAUCAAGCUUUCAGAAAGAACUCGACCCGGAACACGAACAGUUCCGAAAACUCUUCAUUGGUGGCUUGAGCUACGACACAACUGAGGACGGUCUGAAGGAUCACUUUGGUCAGUGGGGAGAGGUGGUUGACUGCAUUGUCAUGAAGGACCCCAACACAAAGAGAUCUCGAGGUUUUGGCUUCAUCACGUACAAGCUGGCGUGCGAAGUCGAUGAAGCUCAGAGUAACAGACCACACACGAUAGACGGACGCGAGGUGGAGUCAAAACGAGCCAUGCCAAGAGAGGAGUCUGGCAACUCGAAUUCCCAGCAGUCAGUGAAGAAGAUGUUUGUCGGCGGGCUGAAGGACGACACGACAGACGAACAGAUGAGGGAGGUGUUCUCGGAGUUUGGUAAUAUCGAAGAUGUCAAUAUGAUCACUGACAAAACAACGGGCAAGUUGAAGGGAUUCGCCUUCGUCUCGUUUGACGACCAUGAUGCAGUCGACAAGGCUGUCUUGAAGAAGUUCCAUGACGUGAAUGGCCGGAAACUGGAAGUGAAGAAAGCCAUGUCAAAAGAUAGUGAAGGCGGAGGUCGUGGGGGUAGAGGCGGCAGGGGAGGUCGCGGAGGUUAUUCGGGUGGCAGUAGUUAUGGAGGCGGUGGUUAUGGAGGCGGCAGCAGAUACAGCAGUGGUGGUGGAGGUGGAGGAUAUGGUGGCCAGGGAGGUUACAGUGGAGGUUACGGAGGUCAGAGCGGGGGUUAUGGAGGAGGUCAGAGCGGUGGUUACAGUGAUACAUACAGCGGUGGCUACGGUUCGCAAGGUGGAGGCAGUAGCUGGGGAGGUAGUUCGUUUGGAUCGGGUUACGGUGACAACUACGGAGGGGGCUCCAUGAAGGGCAGCAGUGGGUACUCUCAGCGCAGUCAGGGGCCGUACAGCGGAGGUGGCUACAGUGGCGGUGGCAGUGGCGGUGGCGGUGGCUAUGGCGGAGGAGGCUAUGGAAAGCACUGAGCGUUGAAAGAGGACUAUCCCAGGCAGGCAGAGUGAUAGCGGCAGUCUCAUUUAUCCAGAACCCAUACUUCCAACAAAUUAGAAUUACCACAGGCAGGCUAUGUGAUACAACAAAAGGAAAAUCUCAAAAAAGGCAAAUUAGCUCAGGGCUAGACUCAUCAAGAACCUAUAUGAAAAAUACUGCGAGGCCCAAAACCAAAACCAAAAAUUCAAUAGUGCUUCAUUGAGUGGCAAUGAUCCAAGAGGCAGGUAGUUGAGGAUUAAGUUCACCCAGAACCCAUGCGAAACAUUCAACAAGGUCGUUACAAAUGUUCUUGCUCGUUACCCCGGACAGGCAGGUAGUUUCAGGAAUAUACUGCGAGACCAAAACUGAUCAUUCUUCAAUCAAUAUUUCUGACAGGCAGGUAGCGCCCAGAAUCCCAUGUUCUGCAAGGUCUUUUAAAAAAAAGUACUUCAGUUGUUACCCCUGACAAUAUACUGUGAUGCCAAAGUUGACCGUUCUUCAUUCAAUACGUCCCGACAGGCAGGUAGCUCAGGAAUACUUUCGCACAGAACCCACGCGAAAAUACUUCAAUCGUUACCCCCGACAGGCAGGCAGGCAGGCUGGUAGCUCAGGAAUACUUUCGCACAGAACCCACGCGAAAAUACUUCAAUCGUUACCCCCGACAGGCAGGCAGGCAGGCAGGUAGCUCAGGAAUACUUUCGCACAGAACCCACGCGAAAAUACUUCAAUCGUUACCCCCGACAGGCAGGCAGGCAGGCUGGUAGCUCAGGAAUACUUUCGCACAGAACCCACGCGAAAAUACUUCAAUCGUUACCCCCGACAGGCAGGCAGGUAGCUCAGGAAUAUACGGCAAGACCAAAAUGUUCUUCAACGUGUUUGUUUAAUAAAUUCAUGCAGAGCCCAAAUGAAAACUACUACCAGGCAAUAACCGAUUCGUCAAUUGUUUGUUGGCAAUAUAUUCUACAGGCAGAUCUCUGGAGUGAAAUUCACCCAGAACCUAUGUGAAAACUGAAGCCAGUUCUGGCUGGAUGAAAAUACUGGAUUAUUCUGAUAAUGUGUUUGACCGUGUGUAGUAUAAUAAAAAAUGACAGGCAGGUAGGUUCCUAUUGGCUUUAGAAUUCAGCUAAUUAUGAUUUGCUGAAUUAAAAAAAAAAAGGACAAAUCUGUGAUGUUGAAACCAUGCACUUGAAAUGUUUUAGAAGAGACUUGUUUUUAUAAAAUCUACCUUUCGACUGUUGUGGUUGAUCACGGAAUAACAAAACAAUUAUUUUUACCUCUGGCAGUCUCACUGGCCUUGCCUGGGAUAGACAAAAAAACCCUGAAAAGUAUUUAUGAUUGAGAGGGAUCUGAUAGAUACGUACGUUUUUUUUUUAAGUCUUGUGUAUGUUUCAUCAUGUAUCAUUGUUUAUUCAUUCUGUCGUUGGUCUAGAGAAAUAAAUGUUUAUCGAUGUC